CCAACAUCACUCCCUUCUCUCUCUGUUGCAUUCAUCCCUCCAUUCCAUUCCACCACCCACCACCCCUCUCUCUCUCUCUCUCUCAGUUUUGUUAAUUUUUUGCCAUGGCUCCGACGACCCUUCCUCCCGGAUUCCGGUUUCACCCCACCGACGAAGAACUCGUGGGUUAUUACCUUGCCCACAAAAUCCACGGUCAAAAGAUCGAACUGGAAAUCAUUCCGGAAGUGGAUCUCUACAAGUGCGAACCGUGGGACUUACCAGAUAAGUCACUGUUGCCGAGUAAGGAUUUGGAGUGGUAUUUCUAUAGUCCCCGUGAUCGGAAAUAUCCCAAUGGGUCGAGGACCAAUCGUGCAACGCGGGCUGGGUAUUGGAAGGCGACAGGUAAAGACCGGAAGGUGCAUGCCCUUGGGCAUGCCCUCGGCAUGAAGAAGACUUUGGUCUAUUACAGAGGACGGGCUCCCAAUGGGCAGCGAACUAACUGGGUUAUGCACGAGUAUCGCCUAGUCGACAAUGACGAUUGCGAAACUCCAUGGAAAUCACAGGACAUGUGCGCUCUAUGCCGUGUAUUCAAGAAGAGUGGGUGCGGCCCAAAGAUAGGAGAGCAUUUCGGGGCUCAAGAUUAUGGUUCGUGUAGCGUGGUUGAGGAUUGGAUUGUUGAGCACAACAUAGAAGAAGAGUUAAGUGAGAAACAGGAUUCCAGAUUCCCCUCAGACACUUCAUCCUCGGAGAUCAUUGGGGCCUCAAGCAUCGAUGUUCGAGAAUCUCGAUGGCCUCAAUUCUCCAUGGAUGAAGUGACCAGUCUUGAGAAUCCUUCUCCUAAUAUCAUCAAGGAUAAUGCGGCUACUCAGUUUCCAAAUGAUGCCAACUACCCACCGCUGGAGGUACACGACUUCCCCCAAAUGGAUCCUCUGUACUUGAAAUUUUCCAAGCGUGAAGGGAUGGAAGAGUUCAUUAAAGCUGAAAAAUGCAGUGCUCAUAACACAACUAGUGAAGGGGACAUCCUGGAAGAGAUUUGGCACUUGGCUCGAGCCUCUCAAGAUGAUUUUCCUUUGAUCUUGAACUCAUGGAAUAGAAUUCAUGCUAAUCCGGAAUCGUUAUCACCAUGAGUAAGCGAGGAAGAAUUGAAUUUUCUGCUAGGCAUUACCAUAAGGUUAUGGACUGA